AUGUAUUAUGACAAUCAAGAGAAAGCAAAUGGUGGACCGAUUAGGCGAGGUUUGAUUGACUGCAUUGGAAGGUUAGUUGCUGAUCCACAUACUCAAGACAUAGUCAGCAGCCAGCUGGAUUUAUAUCAAGAGGCAAUAGGUGUUUUUGGCAAUCCAAUGGCUAUACGUCAAAGAAAGACGAGAUCACCAGCGGAUUGGUGGGCUAAUUAUGGAUGUGAUACCCCGGAGUUGCAAAAGUUUGCCAUUCGGAUUCUUAGUCUCACAUGUAGUGCCACGGGGUGUGAGAGAAAUUGGAGUGUCUUCCAACAACUUCAUACUAAAAGAAGAAACCGAUUGGCACAAAAACGAUUAAAUGACUUGGUGUAUGUAAAGUUUAAUUGUGGAUUGAAACAACGAUAUGAAAGAAGGAACACCACCAACCCUAUACUUUUACAAGAAAUUGAUGAUAGUAACGAGUGGGUCAUGGGUGUUAUGGAUGAUAAGAAUGAGGAGACUUCGGAGGUUGUGUUUGAUGAUGAUAGUGGUUUGACAUGGCGUGUUUUUGAGAAGGCUUCGGGGGCAUCUGAACCGAGAUAUGUAACAAGAUCAAGUACACAACAACAAUCCAAAGAAAAGGAUCCUCCUUCCUCCACCCCUACUCCUAGUGUACCACCACCUAAGAAAGCAUCAUCUAAAAGACUACAUGUAUUGAUUGAUAAAGGUAUUCAAGAUGAUGAAGAAAUCGAAGAACUUGGCUUGAGUGAAGAUGAUGGCGAAGAUGUGGUACUUGGAGUUGACGAUGAUGAUGGAGAUAGUGACGAGGACUAG